CCCAUUAAUUACAAUGGUGGACCUAUUAUGACUGGUACCAUUACUGUAUAUCCUAUUUUUUAUGGAACCUGGAGCUCCACACAAAAAGACAUCGUCAAUACUUUUGUCGGCGGUAUCAGCUCCACUGGCUGGUGGAAUAUUGAAAAGACCUACACCGACGGCAGUGGAAACUCUGUCACCGGUCCAGUAAUUACCGGAACGUCUUACGAUGAUAACUACUCUCAGGGUACGUCGCUGGAUGACAAUGCUAUUGAGACGAUCGUUUCCAAUGCCAUAUCAAAAGGUCUUCCAACCGACGCUAAUGGUAUCUAUGCUGUCUUAACCGCCGGGGAUGUGUCCGAAACAUCCGGUUUCUGCAGUCAGUACUGUGGCUGGCACACUUAUGCUACCAUUAAUGGAGCCACUAUCAAAUAUCUUUUUGCCGGUCGAGCUGAUGCCUGUAUCAGCAGCUGUGUUUCUUCCACAAACCAGCAAGCGUCUCCCAAUGGAGACAUUCCUGUAGAUGGCAUGAUUUCUGUCCUGGCUCAUGAAAUUGUCGAAGCAGGUUCAGACCCUGAGUUGAAUGCCUGGACCGAUGCUUCUGGCCAAGAGAAUGCUGACAAAUGUGCUUGGACUUUUGGUACCACCCAAGCCGCCAGCGGUGGUGGUCAAUAUAACGUUGUAGCUGGUGGAAAGGAAUACUUGAUCCAACAAAAUUGGUCUGCCGCUGACCAACAAUGCGAACAA